AUGUUGUCCCGAAAAGGACUGAUCCCGGACGACUACUUGCUGACCCGCUUGGCUGAGGAUGUCCAGCACCCUAUAUUCAAGGCGAAAGCGCGGAAGGCUCGGUUCGUUGCCAAAAACGGAACCUGUAAUGUGGCCCACACGAACAUUCGCGAACAAGGACGGUUCCUACUGGAUGUUUUCACCACUUUAGUGGAUCUAAAAUGGCUUCACACACUUAUAAUUUUCACCAUGUCGUUUCUGUGCAGCUGGCUGCUGUUUGCGAUGGUGUGGUGGCUCAUUGCCUUUGCGCACGGCGACCUGGAACAAAAAGGUGACGACUUUGUCCCUUGCGUAACGGACAUCCACUCCUUCUCCUCUGCUUUCCUUUUCUCCAUAGAGGUGCAGGUGACCAUUGGGUUCGGUGGACGUAUGGUCACAGAGGAAUGCUUGUCUGCCAUAGUGGUCCUUAUCAUUCAGAACAUCGUGGGCUUGUUGAUUAACGCCAUCAUGCUGGGGUGUAUCUUUAUGAAGACGGCACAGGCGAAUCGGCGCGCCGAGACGCUGAUCUUCAGCAAGCAUGCUGUCAUUUCCAUCCGAAAUAACAAGCUUUGCUUCAUGAUUCGUUUAGGGGACCUGAGGAAGAGCAUGAUCAUCAGCGCCACCGUGCGGAUGCAAGUGGUAAGGCGCAGCACCACUCCGGAGGGCGAGGUGGUCCCCCUGGACCAGAUAGACAUUCACAUGGACAACCCCGUAGGGACCAACGGUAUUUUCCUGGUGGCCCCCCUUAUCAUAUGUCACAUUAUCAACAAAGACAGCCCGCUCUAUGAGCUGUCCCCAGCGGAGUUACAAAAUAAUGACAUCGAGGUGAUAGUGGUGCUGGAGGGGGUGGUGGAGACCACGGGGAUAACCACCCAGGCCCGGACAUCCUACCUGUCCGAGGAGAUACUGUGGGGGCAGCGCUUUGUGCCCACUAUAUCCGAGGAAGAGGGCACGUACGCGGUAGACUACUCCAAAUUCGGUAACACGGUUAGAGUACCGACACCCAGCUGCAGUGCCAAGAAGCUGGAUGAGGACGGAGGCAUCGCCAGGUUUAAACUGCACGAGCACGCCACCCUGCGGCCGUCCGCGAGAAUGCGCAUAAAGCGUCAAAGCACAAUCAGCCCACUAGCCUAA